GCAGUGCAUUGACUAGCAUAAAAAACAUAGCGUCAGAAACAAGACAAGAUUUAGUUUAUGAAAUAGUUCAGGCAGUCUACAGAAUAAAUAAAGCGGGAGGUGUGGUAACAUUUCUUUGGGUUCCUGCUCAUGUAGGAGUUGAGGGGAACGAAUUAGCUGAUAAGUACGCAAAACAAGCAACCACUAAAACAGAAGUAAACAUGGAGAUUAAGCACAGUAAAGAAGAAGUGAAGAACAUCAUUAAGAUAGAACACAAUAAAAAGUGGCAGGAUAAUUGGAAUAAGGAAACAAAAGGUAGAGAGUAUUACAAAGUCCAGAGGAGAGUAGGUGUAAUGAGAGGAGGCAAUAGAAAUAGGAAGGAAGAAGACAUUAUUACUAGAAUGAGAUUAGGACAUACAUAUCUAAAUAGUUCAUUGAAAUUGAUGGGGAAACAUGCUACAGGACUGUGUGAUUCUUGCCAACAGAUAGAAAAUGUAAGACAUGUUUUAAUACAUUGUAGAAAAUAUAAUAGAGAAAGGGAAAUACUGGGAAAUAAGUUAGCGAAAGAGAAUAUUAGGUUAGCAGUGGAAGAUAUAUUAGGAUUGCACUCAGAACACACAGGUUAUAAAGCAAUACACACAUUUUUUAAAAACACUGGGUUAAAUAAAAUAAUUUAGAGUAGGAAUCCACCUCGAUCCACACUCCAUUACAGUAGGUGGCGGUAAUGCUCACCACAAGGUUGCUUGCCAACCGCCAUACAAUCACAAGAAGAAGAAGAAGAAGAAGAAGAAGAAGAAGAAGAAGCGCUCCCGCGUCAGGGGGUGCAUUCUAUGGCAGGGGUGCGUUUUCAGGCACAACACAUCACCUGGGUGUCGUCGAAAGCUACAACGCCCGCCGUUGCGCCGCUGUCCUCACCUUGACUUCCUCUGUCUCCGGGCCGCCGACCGCAUCGAUGAUCGGGUGAAGUCCUUCGUCGCGCCGUCGAUCGCUGGAACGCAGCAUGGACUCCACCAGCCCUGUGACGAACAAUGUAUCUCCAGAGUCGACCGUGACAACGCUGCUGUCGAGCUCAGGCCACCUUAGAGGCAGCCUGCUGGUGACCGACCUCGGCACCGCCUUCAAAUACCAAGAUAAGGAGUAUGACUCCGCCUCAGCUGCAUUGGAGGCCUAUAUCGCUGACUUUGACAAAAGUCACAACUUCAAGUCAUCAAUCUUCCUUCCACAAAGUCCAUUGUAUAACUCGAGGAGACCCCGGAUGAGCACAUUCAGAAACAAAUCUGUUCACAGGGAGCGUUUAACUAGUAAAGACGUGGAUUUCCUGACCCUACCUGUCAGUUCCCUCCGUCACCGUGACAACCAUGACCGACUUUCAAUGACAACAGACGAGCUGCUGUCUGUCCCCCGUGAUGGUUCCAUGCCUGUCACUCACACGACCGCUUUCAUCCAAGGUGUCCUGUCUCAAUCUGUGCCUUCAAACACACACAUCCCAUCCAGACCAGGAAGCCCAGCAGGAGAUGACAUGUUCUACCUACGCUCAAGCAGAAAUUGCAGGAGCUGCAGGUGCAAAAAAGAACCAGAAGUUCCCACUUUAAAACAAGAUGUCCCCUUUGUCAGAUGCUUAACGUGUGCGCACAGAGCAGCAAAGGACGCAGAUAUGUCGCCGUCGCUUCGUUCACUUGGCCGGGUCACUGGGAACAAGGCGGACAUGGACGACACUACCGUCAGCAGUGUAGAAGAACCAGAACUGAAGUACCCAGCGUGGAUCCUAAACUGUGACUUCAGUGAGCCACCGCCCCCAUCACAGGAGGACAGCCAGCAGAGUCUAAGGAAUCUCCGGCUUCAGUUUGCUGAACAAAUAUCGUUACUUGCCUCUGACAGAAAGAAGCCAAACUUCACGGAGUCUCUUUUGAGAGGCAAUCAUCUUGAGUCUUUGAUCCAGAAAGCAGAUCAAGUUGUGAACUUUCUGUGUCAGAGUUUUGGAGCAGCAGAUUCAGCAAAUUCUGCUCGCAUUGAUGCUGUGAGUCCCGUGAACAGUGAAGAACUGCAUGUCUGUUCAUCUUCGACCCACAUCGAGUCAGCAAAGGCAGCAGAAGGCAUCCCUGAGGCUCCAUCAGAGGAAAUCCAUCAGACUCGCUGUGGAAGUCAGCAUGGUUGCAGCAUCAGUGAGCAGCCAGGUCCAUUGGAGGCUCUUAAACAGAUGAUGUUCAGACUGCAGACUGUGGAGACGGCGCUUCAGCAGCCACAACCACCAAAUGCUUCAGCCUCCACUAACUGCUGGCAGAGUGAGGAAGCUCUGAAGAGGUCAGAAGGUGAAGCUGAGCAGACUUUAUCUGGCGGGCUGUCUCUACAGAGGGCCCUGCAUCACCUGAGUCGCCUGAAGCUGCUGCUGGAGGAACCGAGAGAAAUGCAGGAUGAAGAUGAAGGAUGGUACUCUUCUUUAUCAAAUGACAGACCUGCACGCACGAAGCAGGACCUUUGUUGAAAGUGUAAGAUUGUAGUAGAGCUUCUCAAUGUUCUCUUAAUGUUUACACAUAAUCAGCUGAUGAAUCUGCCUUGAAUGUGUUUAUAUUUCUUUUGUGAGAAUUACAAACGUAAGCAACUUAUAUAUUUGCAUUAUAUUACGUGUUACGCAAAACAAAAAUGCCCACUGCAGAGUAUGCUGGUUCUCAGGAAGAUUAAUAUCAAUAUAUACACAUUUUAGUAUGGAAUAGAGGUUCUGAAGUGGAAUACACAUUUCUCAUGGUCAUCAAGUUCUUAAUUCACUAGAACCUCAAUCAACAAUCUUAACUGUUUCUUCAUCCCAACCAACAUUACAGCAAGCUUAAAUGUCAACACUGAACACGCACACAAACGCACAAGUCUCGUUUGUGUGCUCAAAAAAAUUGAAAAGGAAAAUAAUUUUACCUUCUGUCUAAAAAUAUGUUUGGCAUUGUCGAACACUCUGGGAGUUUCUGAGUUAUAAACGAGCAAUGGCUUCAAGUAGUCACCGCUAGCAGUAGCACACACUAACAGUGUGAGGCAAAUCCAUCAUCGACCUUAGUCCAAGUAGUGCUUUCUCCUUCAGUGUAAGAAAGGUCCGCUGUGGCAUCUUUUUCGGGCUCAUCACAAAGACUUGCUAAGAAACAAAUCCCCUUCGCUGAUUAAAUCCUCAAAGUGAAGGUGCCUCAAGCUGGAGGCUAACUACGUAGCUAAACAAUAACAGUGCAAUACUUUUUCAUAACAUAGUCACUACUGCCUAGUUUCUCUUGUUAUAUUCUUAUUUUACUGUUAUAUUUUUAUUGUCAUUGUUGCUUUUUAUUUUUAUUCUUAUUGUAAUAUUUUUCUAUUUUGUUUUCAUUUAUACCCCCAUUAUUUACCCUUUACUUUUUAAAUUUGAUCUCAAUUCUGUACACCGCUCUUGGAAUUUUAAAUUUUCCUGAGGGAACUCUCCUGAAGGAAUCAAUAAAGUACUAUCUAUCUAUCUAUCUAUCUAUCUAUCUAUCUAUCUAUCUAUCUAUCUAUCUAUCUAUCUAUCUAUCUAUCUAUCUAUCUAUCUAUCUAUCUAUCUAUCUAUCUAUCUAUCUAAAGUUCUAGUUCAGUGGUUGUCCAGCAACCCGAAUAAAGACAGGAGACUGAGAGUUUAGACACAUUUAAAGCAUUUCUGAUCACACAAAGUGGCCUCUAAAAUCGCCUGACACAGGUACGACAAUCGUGGAAAUAAUCUUGUCAGAAAUACUGCAAGCCUCGAAGCUCUUUGAAAUGGUCGUGCCCACGCUUACAGGAAAUCAUCUCAUCAAAAUGGCAGCCCCCAUAGGGCUUAAAGCGGAACACAAAAUUAAUAAAUGAAACGUUUGUACGUUGAGACAUGAAAAUGUAACUAAAGGCGUUAGCGAAUCGACAUUCCAUAGGACAUAUAUUACUUUUUAAGGCAAAGCAAGCCAUUUUAUUUAAUAACCAUUUUUUAAAACAUAAAUUUACAUUAUUGUUUGUGAUGUGCAUUAAAGUGAACAUCAUUGAAAAAAUGGAAAAAACAUAGCCUGCAAAAAAAUUAUUAUCUUAUUUGGAUUCAAUAGUUAAGAAUCCCUGGUGUGGAAGAUGAUACUGUUUAAUGUACUAAUAUAAUAUCUCAACAAGAUAAGAGCCUCUUUAAAGCUCAAGAUAUUUGUAAUGUACUAACGUAUGUCAAACCUGUUACAUAUAUGUUACAUUGUUCAUGGUAAUUGUAUUCCUUAUUUGAAAAUAAUUUGGAGUACGCUUAAAGGCCUACUGAAACCCACUACUACCGACCACGCAGUCUGAUAGUUUAUAUAUCAAUGAUGAUUGCAACACAUGCCAAUACGGCUGGGUUAACUUAUAAAGUGCAAUUUUAAAUUUCCCGCCACACUUCCGGUUGAAAACGUUUUUUUAUGCUGACGUAUGUGCGUGACGUCAAGGGUUGGCACGGAAGUAUACGGACCCAUUGAAUCCUAUACAAAAAACUCUGUUUUCAUCUCAAAAUUCCACAGUAUUCUGGACAUCUGUGUUGGUGAAUCUUUUGCAAUUUGUUUAAUGAACAAUGGAGACUGCAAAUAAGAAAGUUGUAGGUGGGAUCGGUGUAUUAGCGGCGGACUACAGCAACACAACCAGGAGGACUGAGAGAUGGACAGCAGACGCGCUAGCCGCCGAACUCACCUUAACUUCCUCCGUCUCCGGGCCGCCAACCGCAUCUGUGAUCGGGUUAAGUCCUUCGUCGCACCGUCGAUCGCUGGAACGCAGGUGAGCACGGGUGUUGAUGAGCAAAUGAGGGCUGGCUGGCGUAGGUGGAGAGCUAAUGUUUUUAGCAUAGCUCUGUGAGGUCCGGUUGCUAAGUUAGCUUCAAUGGCGUCGUUAGCAACAGCAUUGUUAACCUUCGCCAGCCUGGAAAGCAUUAACAGUGUAGUUACCUGUCCAUGGUUUAAUAGUAUUGUUGAUUUUCUAUCUAUCCUUCCAGUCAGGGGCUUAUUUCUUUUGUUUCUAUAUGCAGUUAAGCACGAUGCUAUCACGUUAGCUCGUAGCUAAAGUGUUUCGCUGAUGUAUUGUCAUGAAGAUAAAAGUCACUGUGAAUGUCCAUUUCACGUUCUCGACUCUCAUUUUCAAGAGGAUAUAGUAUCCAAGGUGGUUUAAAAUACAAAUCCGUGAUCCACAAUAGAAAAAGGAGAAAGUGUGGAAUCCAAUGAGCCAUCUUGUACCUAAUUUACGGUCAGAGCGGAAAAAGAUAUAGUCCUUCACUCUAACAUACCUCAUCCACGAAUCUUUCAUCUUCGCUCAAAUUAAUGGGGUAAUCGUCGCUUUCUCGGUCUGAAUCUCUCUCGCUCCAUUGUAAACAAUGGGGAAUUGUGAGAAGUCCUUCCUCCGGUGACGUCACGCUACUUCCGGUACAGGCAAGGCUUUUUUUAUCAGCGAGCAAAAGUUGCAACUUUAUCGUCAAUGUUCUCUACUAAAUCCUUUCAGCAAAAAUAUGGCAAUAUCGCAAAAUGAUCAAGUAUGACACAUAGAAUGGAUCUGCUGUCCCCGUUUAAAUAAAAAAAAAUAAUUUCAGUAGGCCUUUAAAGAGGAACUGCUCUUGCCAGCAACUUGAGGGUUCCAGGUUCGAUCCCCGCUUCCGCUAUACUCACUGCCGUUGCGUCCUUGGGAAAGACACUGUACCCACCUGCUCCCAGUGCCACCCACACUGGUUUAAAUGUAACUUAGAUAAUGGGUUUCACUAUGUAAAGCGCUCUGGGUCACUAGAGAAAAGCGCUAUAUAAAUAUAAUUCACUUCACUUUUUAUUUUAUUUUGCCUAUCGUUCACAAUUAUUAUGACAGACAAGAACACACAUGUCUUUUUUUAAUUAGGAUUUUAAAGAUGAUACAAAACGCUUCGAAGAUGUGGCUAAUGGUUUAAAGGUUGUAGCCUUCAAAGCCCUCUAAGACAACUUCAAAACCCUCCAACAUUUUGUAUACACACUGCAAGUCUAUAUACAAUGUAGUAACAGACACGCUCAUUACAAUAUGUAACAUGUUCAAUAUUUACCGUAUUUUGAUCAUUUUAAUCAAUGCGCAUUGAUUUCCAUUUCCGUAGCAGCGCACGUCCGUUAAUGUGUGUUCCUACUUUACACUUAUGUGUGUUCUAAUAAUGGCAGACUUGGCAACAAACAACGAACUACAACCUUAUCUUUUUGAACCUAAAUGCCCUGCAUUGAGGCAGCUGGGAUUGGCUCCAGCGUCCCCCGCAACCCCGAGAGGGACAAGCAGUAGAAAAUGGAUGGAUGGAUGAACGGAGGAUGAACUGUUGCUUCUAGAAGCGAGCAUGAAGAAGAGAGUGAAACGUUAGAGCCGACGGAGAGUGAGAUGAAAUUGACAAGAAGCUGCAAGUGUGGAAUUUGGACACAAGCUAUUUCGACAUGAUUGGCUUUCUUACCCCAAAUAAACCAGAAAAAACAUCUCCGGCCAGCUGAACAACUGUCCAUCAAGUGAGUCACACUUUAUAUUGAUCUUGAUACAUGCAGCACGUCAUGCCAUCCAUCCAUCCAUUUUCUAUCGCUUGUCCCUUUUGGGGUCGCAGAGGGUGCUGGAGCCUAUCUCAUGCGUGCAUCAUAACUAGCUGUGUACAAAGGAAACAUGAAUUGAUUGAUUGAUUGAUUGAUUGAUUGAUUGAUUGAUUGAUUGAAACUUUUAUUAGUAGAUUGCACAGUGAAGUACAUAUUCCGUACAAUUGACCACUAAAUGGUAACACCGGAAUAAGUUUUUCAACUUGUUUAAGUCGGGGUCCACUUAAAUUGAUUCAUGAUACAGAUAUAUACUAUCAAAUAUAUACUAACAUCAUAAUACAGUCAUCACACAAGAUAAUCAUCAGAGUAUAUGUGGGCUAAUACUUUACAGAUCCUGUAGUAGCAUUGUUCAUGUUUUCCAGUCAGUACAGAUUGGUGUCUUAUCGCCUUGGGUUGGGCAUUACAAACUCAAACGCAUUUCGUACUGACAUAGAAGCUAGCGUAUCUCUUGCCGUAGUUAGCUUUUACGGCUAAUACCGAAGCACGCUGAUGUGUUACUACGAUACAAAAAGAGUUCCUCAGUGUUCGCUCUUACAAAAACAAUAUCGCUACAGUUUGAUUAUUAUACAGGUUACAUAACGUGAGUAUCGUUGACGGUUUUUGAAUGCAUUUUUAAAGUGUUUAAAGGUAUAAUUGAUUGCUCCCAUUAGCUGUGUUGCUAGCUAACUAGAAUGAGCUGAUUUUUGCAUGUUAGAAUGCAAAAAAAGGACAAAAACAUUUUGUUUUCUUGUGUCUCAUAAUGAUUUUGAACGGUAGGCAACAUUCCAAAAAAAGUGCAUUUCCCCUUUAAGCCUGGUGUAUACUCUUGCAUUACAUAACUUGCGUAAGCGACGCCGUCUUCCCUUGCGUACCUUACUGCAAGCCUUUGUGUUGGUGGCGAAGCAGACCUCAGAGCUGUGAUAGGUCAGUUCUUGCAAGCACAGGAAAGCAGACUUUGUGCUUGAAAUGCACAAAUUAUUGUAUGAAGUAAAGCUCCAGUUAAACAUUUGCAUGAAAACAGAUAUUGCACUCUAAAAACAAUUACUGAAUAUGUCGUUUUUCAGCUUAUUGUGUUGUUGUUGCUUCCAGAAAAAGUCACAAAGUACAACAUUCUUUUUAACUUUUAUUGCCAAAUAUCAAUAACACAUGACCAUACAGAUUAACUGCAGCAUACGUUAAAUUAGUUGUUUCACAGUUUUUUUAAUUUUCAAUGUCAUGAUACAGUAGCUCUCUCUUGUCCCGUGUCCCGAACGGCUGAAUAGCGUUGCAAAUAAUAAAAGUGUCCUCUGCCCCGACGCAUUCAGAAGUUGCACAGUCAAUAUUCACAAACGUUUCUUUCCUCUGUUUUAUAAGUUAAACGUCCAUUAAAAGUAAUCUGAUUAUUCUGAAUGAUUAAUUCUAAUGUAGACAAAUAUGUCAACGUUAAAUAGGGACGGCGUGGCGAAGUUGGUAGAGUGGCUGUGCCAGCAAUCGGAGUGUUGCUGGUUACUGGGGUUCAAUUCCCACCUUCUACCUUCCUAGUCACGUCCGUUGUGUCCUUGGGCAAGACACUUCACCCUUUGCCUCUGAUGGCUGCUGGUUAGCGCCUUGCAUGGCAGCUCCCGCCAUCAGUGUGUGAAUGUGUGUGUGAAUGGGUAAAUGUGGAAAUACUGUCAAAGCGCUUUGAGUACCUUGAAGGUAGAAAAGUACAAGUAUAACCCAUUUAUCAUUAUUUAUAAUAACGUUGCGGUUGUCAUCAAGCUCAACAAGAAGGAAAUAUCUAAUCCUCUUCUUCUUCUUCAUUGUAUGGCGGGUCUCAACCAACGUUAAGGUGCAUACCGCCACCUACUGUACUGGAGUGUGUAUCCUCAGGGUGAGUACUUGGGUUGCAGACUAUAUUGGUAUAUACAUAUCAAAUAUAUAUUUACACAAAACUAAACAUAAGAAAGAAAAAAACUUUUUUUUAAAACUACACUUUUAGUAUUAAACCUAUGGUCUGUAGAUAUCCCAUUACUACAAUCUUUAGUGUUGUCCUCCUUCCCUAAUAUUGCCUUUAAGCUCCAUCCCCUACCUUGACUGUACAAUGUAGUGUCUCCCUUAGUGUCUUCCUCUGCAACCUGUUUUUCCUGCACUCCAUCAGCACACGCUGCACAUUUUCAACAACCCCACAUACCUCACUUUUAUCUGUUGCCACUUUGCCUAAUAAGUGUCUUGUUGCCUUCAAACCAGUGUGUCCUAACCGAAGUCGUGUAUACACCACCUUCUCUGUCCUACAUGUUCCUUUAUAGUCUUCCCCUUUAAUUGAUUGUUCGAUGUUAUAUAGGUGUCUCCAUUUCCUCCCUGAAUUACACAGUUUUUGCAGGAUUCCCUAAUAGCUGUAUUAUUUGUGAUUUUGCCUCCCCUCUUUCAACUGGGAUUUUAAUUAACUUAUUGUGCGACAUUUUGACUGCUCUUUCGUUGCCCCAUAUUACUGUGUGCACCGGGGUUCAACAGAAUUUUACCGCAAGAUCAGUCUUCUGUAUUCUAAAAAAUAAUAAAUGCACUAAUAGCUACAAAUUGUCUCUACAAGUCUGUUUUGCAGUUACACUUUCCAUAGCUGCAGCAGAGUCUGAGCGUAUGACUUUUCUCAGCUGUUGUAUUUCUAUUGUAUUGCGAGUAUAAAAGCCACCAUUUCAGCUGUGAAUACUGACAGGUUAUCAGUGAUUCUUUCACAGAUUGACACAUCCACUUCUGGAUAAUAUACUUCUGCCUCGACCUUCCCUGAUAUCGGGUCCUUUGACCCAUCUGUGUAAAUAUUUAGGAAACCAUAGAAUCUUAUGUUCACAUAUGUUUCAACCAUCGGCACAUUAUCAUAAUGUCUCCAACCUUUUUUCUCGCUAUUAAUUCAGUGUCUACCCUUGGUCUUGGUAGAAUUGAAGGAGUGGCGGGGGGAGCAUCUCCCAAUACUGAAACCUGGCUGUACUCUACUUCGUUCAAACUGAGCUGAGCUGCUGCACUUUCAAUGGUCCAUCCAAAACCAUUGUUUUUGUCUGUAUUUUCCACCAGCAGUCCACCAAAACAUUUGUUGCUGGUUGGUCCACCCCAGAACCCUUUAAUUUUGACCAGUACCUUCUUACACUUUUUCUCUAUUUUAUUGGUAUGUAUCUUCCAGAGACAUCUUUCAUCAAACCACAGUCUAAGAUAUUUGAAUUAUGUUACUCUCUUAAUGUUUUGUCUAUAUAUAUAUAUAUGUAUAUACAGUAUAUAUAUAUAUAUUUGUCAGGUUGACGUCACAGAUUUUGCAUUUCUAAUAGUCAUGAAGCAUGUUUUGUAUACAGCCAUUUUAAAACCCCACUUAUACAACCAGUCUUUAACUUUAUCAAUUGCAUCCUGUAUAUAUCUGAUAAUUUGUUUGACAUUUCUCCCUCGUUUCCAUAUGGCCCCGUCAUCUGCAUAUAAUGAUGGUCCAAUAUCUCUGCCCAUGUUCACAAAGAUGUAAUUUAUCAUUAUAUUAAACAGUAUUUGACUAAUCAAGGUACCUUGUGGGAUACCAUUUGAAAUGCAGUACUCCUCUGAGAUGUUCUCUCCCACUUUGACUCAAGAUGUUUGAUUGGAAAGGAAAGCCAGUAUCAUGUUAUAUAAUCCCCCCCUUAUGCCCAUCUUUUCUAGUUUAGUAAGCAGACUUUGGUUGAUCGAUUGAUUGAGUUUAGUUUAUUUCGAACAUAAACACACUUAUAUAUAUAAUACAUCACACAUAAUUCCAUACCAUUUGUCUUAUAUAUGUAUGCAUAUAAAUUUGUAUUUAUGUAUGUAUAUGUGAGCGAGAGCGAGCGAGCAGUAGCACUGUGUUUGAAUAUAGCAAAAUUAAACACUGUACUUUAAUCAAGUGAUUAUUUGGCCUACCACCAGAUAGAGCCCAAUUACUACUAGUGGUACACUUAAUACAGUUAGUGAAUCUCUGGUUUACACCAUUCUCUACAAGGAGGAAAAAUCUAAUUUUCCGCAGAAACGACUUAUCUUUCACAUUUCAUUAUUGAAUAUUUCGUUCUACUUAAGAAAUCAACAAGAGCCCUGCUGUCUUUCUGGCACAAACAGACGAAUCCAUGAGACCAUCAAUGCAUCAAAAUGUGAUGACGUCAUCCAACAUCAGCACUCAUGUUCGCUCGCGUCCUGUCUGUUUUAAGGCAUUGAUAAUGGCUAACCUCUGUGUGUUGUACCCUCACGGCUUGCCUACUGGGCGCCAAAAGAUACGCUGCUGGCUGUCCUGAUACAUCUGAGCAGUCUAUGAGAGCAAGAAAGGUCAACACAGUGCAGAGGGGAAAAUGCUGUAUAUUGCCUAUGUAAAUAAUAUACAGGAUACGUGUGUAGCCAUUAGUCUCUCAAAUGAUGAACUGAAUCGUGAGUUUACUGUGCUGUUGUUGUCUUGUGAUGCAGCUGUCAAUGUAAACCCUGGAUCGCCGUUGCAGGCAUUACCCCAAAAAAGGUGUUUGUUUGGAUUAAAAUAAUUAAU